UUGAAGCCAUAGACUGUAUAAAAACAGGCUGCCGCGCGGUGCAUUGUGGGAGCCGCUGAUUGGCGCAUUUCCGCUCCCAUUGUGCGCGAGAGACGGUAAAUAACACUGAAGCUCAACUCUAAACACUCUUUAAACACAACUUUUACUAAGGUGAUCGUGUGUGAGAAUGGCCCGUACUAAGCAGACCGCCCGUAAAUCCACCGGAGGAAAAGCUCCUCGUAAGCAGCUGGCGACUAAAGCGGCUCGUAAGAGUGCGCCCUCUACUGGAGGAGUGAAGAAGCCCCAUCGCUACAGGCCCGGGACCGUGGCUCUGCGUGAGAUCCGCCGCUACCAGAAAUCCACCGAGCUGCUGAUCCGGAAGCUUCCCUUCCAGCGUCUGGUGCGUGAGAUCGCUCAGGACUUCAAGACCGACCUGCGCUUCCAGAGCGCCGCCAUCGGAGCCCUGCAGGAGGCCAGCGAGGCGUAUCUGGUGGGUCUGUUUGAGGACACUAACCUGUGUGCCAUCCACGCCAAGCGUGUUACCAUCAUGCCCAAAGACAUCCAGCUGGCGCGCCGCAUCCGCGGAGAACGAGCCUGAGCUCCUGUCUCUCUCUCUCUCUCUCUCUCUCUCUCUCUCUCUCUUGCUGUUUGUUGGUAGUUUUAGAGUUCAGUCCUGGUGGGGUGGGUGGUGUCUUUGUUUUUUGGCUACAGACUUUUAGGGUACUUCCUGUUUGCAUGUACCAGCCCGUGACCGAUCAGCCUCACACACACACACUCUGUCCAUCGGUCACGAGUGAAGGUUGAAUAAGGCGGUCAGGGCUGAUAUCUGCAUUCAGGGCUUUACGUCUCUCAUGCAGGGUGCUAACACAGCUCUGACCCGUCCCAGAAUUCCCUGCACCGUCCAUCACGAGCGCACGUGUGUGUGUGUGUGUGUGAGGCUGUCGAUCAGCACCGGGUUUGUAUACGAGCAUCUCUCCAACAAAUGUUUAUUAUUGGAAUAUUAAGAAUUACUUUUAAUAAUUAUUGAUGUCUGUUUCUUUUUUUUUUUAAUGCGUUCAUAUAAGCUUGUUUCAUAGAUCUAGAGCAUAUUUUUGAAGGUGCAGAUUCUUAUAAAGACAUUUUUACAUCACAAAUCAUGUUUAUUUUCUAAAGGGUGAGUUUGGGUCAGUCUCAGGCAAGUGAAGGGAUGUUCAGCAUUACAGCAUUAAAUGGCUUCAGCGCUGAGAAUAACAUGUUUAUCUGCAUAAACGACCCGAUCAUUUUGGGUCUUUUGAUAGGAGAAUCUGGACGGAGUGACUUAUUAAUUUGAACACAAUAAAUAUAUACUGGCUUGAUACUGUUUUUGAGUUUGGCCACGUGACUUUCCUUCAUUAAAGAGCUGUUUUCUACUCUCAUCCCUUCAGCGUCACACGACUCCUCAGGCAGACAUGGAAACAUUAUUAUUUAAUCCUGCUUGAUUUGUGGGUGAUUUUGUUUCUCCUUUAUUCAGAGUUCGACUACAGAACAUUCAGGUGUUUAAAUAAACUGAUCUUUGUAAUUUGAAAUUUCUCUUAAUUGCGUAAUAAAUGGAUGUCACACA